GAACAUGUUUUAGCAAAAGGACCCGAUGAGGCAGACCUUCCGUCCUUGUAGUAGGCUAUUUUCUCUUUGGAUGCUCUCUACUUUUAGGGUCACAAACGCUCAGCAGCUGGUAGGGAUGGAUUUUACCUUAAGCUUUGUUGUGUUAUCAUCUGACUCUAUUGGUUUGCUCUUUGCGCCGUUUUGGAGCCAGGCUUUGUGAGGUUAAUGUUGCUUAGACACGCUGCCGACAGGGAGAAAAGCAAGCAGGCGAGAAGGGGAACAGGUGAGCGUAACGUGGUGCCCCCUGGGUAAUGCAGUUUAUUUAGGAACCCAAGGAACCUGAGAUGGAAAGGGAAGAAAAUACAGACAACCUGGGAGAAGCGCUGGAAAAAGUCGCGGUAGGCCUACACCAGAGGCUUCACUGCGACCAACUUCAUGAGGUUAUCUGAUUACCCGUUGCUUGGCCAGCCUGAGUCCUUGACAGGUAUCGUCCUCUCCUCCUGGGCGAUCAGCACCCGCCUGGUCCGGUACACCUGGCCUGGUGGAUGCUACUCCUAAAGCCCCUGCUUUUUAAUCCAAAACCUACUUUUCCGGUGACCGUAGGCCAUAUAGGCCUAGUUUUUUUAGCACAAAAAUCUAAUAGACCUGAUCCGAUUUUCAAGCCAUAAAUAUAGGAAACACUGACCGCAUUUAAUUUUUAAUCUGUCCGAUGUGUGUAACCAGGAAGUUACUUGACUGAAUCAAAUAAUAAGCCUAUAGACCAAACCGAUUUUAAGGCAGGCCUAAUGAAUAUAGCCUAUGAGCUUGAACGUCAAUGUUUUUUUCCCCCUCAAUAAAAUAUUUUGUAAAAUGUCGCGUUAAAAAUCUUCACUUGCGUGAACAGAUAAACUCUUACAAGAAGCAGGAAGUAUAGGCUACUGUUGCCUUGGAUACAGAGAGACUGCGGAAGGCCUCAGAGACCAACGGGAAGAUUCUCAGGAAAGAUCUUUAAUGUUCCCGUUUGGAUACACACACAGUGAGUUAACGUUAACAAUGUGUGCUGCAAAUUGAGCCUCGUUUUUAUUUUCCCAAAAUACUUUGUUGUUGAAUUGUUCUAAAUGUUCAGGAUGGUAACUAAUAAUAGUAGGCUUAUCGUGUUGAAGAGAUUUUUAUUGUAUUUGACGUUUAUUUGCACUUCAAUACAAUAUUUUGUCCACACAUGUUUACUUAUUUUAAUUUGUUCUUUUAAUCCAUGAAGUUGGUGCUUCAUACUGUGACUGCAUUUGCAUUGUUUUCUUUUGUGUGUAACCUGCUUUUGGAGGCAUAAUUUAUUUUUGAGGACUGAAUAAUAAACAUAUAUAUAUGGUCUACAUAUGUACGGUUGUUUAGAUCUAUUUAUCUUUUGAAUUAAAAUUUUAAACACAUGAAUGUAAUAAACUGUAAGAUAGGCUGCUGCAAUGUUAUUUAAUGUUAAUAAUGUAAAUAAAGUAGACAAAGAAAUGGCAAUGCUAGGUUGAUGCUAUUCAGAUGUGUGUGUCAAACAAGUCUGGACACACCACUGAGUUAGAAAGAGCAGCACCUGCAUGGCAACCAUUGCCAUAGUCAAAUAAACUGCCAAAUAAUCUGUUUUCUACAGAGUUUGCAGACAGCAGAGUGCUGUGGUGUUUGAGGUAAAGGCCCAGCAGCUCUUACAGGCAGGAAACACUUACAUGUCUUGAUAACGUAAAGCGACUGUUUGGUGUGUUAUAGAUUGCAGCAUGCUGUGUGUGUGUUUGUGCAUGUGUGUGUGUGUGUGUGUUGAUGUGUGUGUGUUGAUGUGUGUAUACCAGUUUUGUGGCCAACAGAGACACUUCCUGUUUCUCAGGGCUUCUUCAGUUGCCCUGUUGUCAGCAGAGUUCAGUAUCACUCUGUCUGCUGAUAGGAACUGCUGCCACUUCAUUUUGUGUAUUUCAAACAGACUGGUGAGUUUGUUUUACUUUCUACACUUUUCUGGACUGAAAAGUACUUUUGAAUCUUUGUUUUUACUUGGUAUUUUACACUUGAUAAAACCUCUAGUAACUUUGUCCGCGUUCGACUGAAUGGAAAUCCGAGUACUUACAGAAAAAAAACCUGCUUUCAGUUCAGUUUCAUUUUAAAGACCGCAAAAUGAAACUGAAUUGCUCUUUGUUGUUGUCUUUCUUUUUAAUCAUCACAAUGUACAGUUUUAAGGGAACUUAGGUAUGAAGUACUUUGUUCUUUUACUGUACUAAAUUUCAGAGGGAAAAAUGUACUUUUCCCUCUGAACCACAUUUAUUUAACAGCUGUUGUUACUAGUUACUUUACAGGUUUAAGAAGCUAACACCAAACAUGCCAUUAUCUUGUAAAAUAUGAGAUGAAAAUGCCCAUAAAGUUGUUUAAAUUUGCACCAGCUCGACUAGCUGUGAUGUUAAAAUCCUACUUGUAUUUAUUGUAAUGCAGUAUUUUCAAAUUGUGGUAUUUUUUAAGGACUUCUUCCUCCACCAAGCAUUAUUAAGGUUUCAAAAAAGCAUUCAGCCCAUUCAUACCUAUAUCAAAAACAAAAAACUGCUUGAAGACACGUGUUAAAUAAAUCGUGAUCUUACAGAAGUUAAAGUGAAAUCUUUUAAAGUCUGAUGAUGUUCCUACCUGCAUGUGGAGGUAGUGUCUCAUUAUGCAUAAUACUUCCUCUCAACUUGAUUAAGGUUGAUUGUAAAACAAAUAUUCAAAAAUGUUUUCUGCAUGAUUCCCUUUUCACUUCAACUCUUAUCUUUAUAAAUAAAGUCACCUCUGCUGUAUGCUGAGGCCAUUAUCACAGGUCUGACCUAGAUUAGAUUUACUGUUAAAGUGUCACGCCGACAUUUUCACUUCCAACAAAACCAGCUGCAGUGUUUUUUUUAUCAGUGUUGAUUUUUUAGUUUCACAUGCCUCAAUUUCUUUUUUAUUUUGCAUCUGUUCCCCAUUUUCUCCCUCUAUCUAUAUUUUUUUUCAAUUUGUACAGCAUGUUCCUUUUAUUCAUCUUGUAAAACAUCACAAAUCACCUGAAGUGAAAAAUGAAGAUAGCUGCUUUCAAUGCAAAGAACCUGGGAAUGAAGAAAACCGCAGACCAGGCUGUCGUCAAAACCCUCACCAAGAUCAUGUCUCAGUACAGUGUGGUGGUGAUUCUGGAGGUGGUGGAUAAGAGCGGUAAGGCCAUGGAGAAGUUACUUCAAGACCUCAACAGCUCCAACCAAACCCGUCCCUACUCCAUGACCUCCAGCAGCCAGCUGGGACGAGACACCUACAAGGAGAAGUUUGUUUGUUUCUACAGAAAGGAUGAAGUGAAGCUGACAGAUUGUUACCAGUAUGAAGAUAAUCAAGUUGGAGAUGUGGACGCCUUUGCCAGAGAGCCCUUCGUUCUGCGCUUCAGCUGUCCAACUACAGUUGUGAAAGACCUGGUACUGAUCCCCGUACACACCAAGCCAGAGGACUCGUUGAAGGAGCUGGACGAGCUGCAUGACGUGGUCGAUGCUGUCAGGAAGAAGUGGGGAACUGAUAACAUAAUGAUUUUAGGGGACUUUAAUGCAGAUGGACGGUAUCUCUCCAAGAAGAAGAAGGAUACGAUCCGCAUCUGCUCCGCCCCUUACCAUUGGCUGAUAGCUGAUGAUGUCGACACAACGUCUAGUAACCUUAAUGACAACACCUACGACAGGAUCGUGGUGUAUGGACAGACCAUGCUGGACGGCGUCGUCCCCGGCUCUGCCAAGUCUUUCAACUUCCAGAAAGCGUUCAACCUGACUGAUGAGGAAACCCUCGGUGUGAGUGACCACUACCCUGUGGAGGUGGAGCUGAAGACCAACAAGAAACAGAAAGCACCAAGACAAAGGAAGACAGCUGUUCCCGCAAGGACAACAUCCACCAAAGGAAAAACUCAGAAGAAAGGACCACAGAAGAAGAACACUGAGCCAGCAGCACCACAGAAGAAAGAGAAGACAACAAAAGGGAACAGAGGACAGUCAUCAGACGCACCAACAAAGAGAAGACGUUUGAACAAAUGAAGAACAGACUUUAAAGGAUGUUGCAUCAAUCAGUAAUUUUAAAGAUGUCUUACUGUUUCAACAUUAUAAUGUGGAGGGUGUUGCAGCUUUGAUACCAGAAAGUACAAAAAACCUCCGAAAUAAAUCUACUGUGACACUUUGAUAAAAUAAAAAAGGUUUAAAGAUAUCUGCUUUAAAAGCAACCUAUAGUCAGAGAAUACAAAAUGACAAAGAAUCUGUACAUUCUUUGUCAGAAGUGUAAAUUAUAUUUUUUCUAGACAUUUGUAUUCAUGAUGAGCUUUUUGUCCAAUUGGCAAAAUGAAAUGUCUUAAUGUUUAAACAUGCAUAUUCUGUAAAUUAAUGUAAAAUGGAGACAUCCAGGUGGGCCCUGAUAGAAAUGGUCACCCUUCCAAAAUUCUCCUGAUCUGUAUGUUGAUGAGCAGUUGAAUGCGUUAUGAGAGAUUAGUUCUCCAGCUCCCGGAGUUUAAAGGAGGUUUAGAUCCUCCAAAUUUUCACCAUUACCGCUGAACCUGUAACAUCGCUAGACUCGUCUGUUGUAACACUUUUUUAUUGAACAUUCAUUCAGUGGUUGUUUGUGCUAUUCAUCUCAAACUUUGAUAAAAAGCUACCCAUAUUCUUAUUUAAAAGAGUUUGUUAUUUAGACAUCGACAACAUAAUCCCAGAAUGUGGGAUUACUGUUGCAGCGUGUUUCUGUUUCUCCAGUAACACACCAAGGUGUCUAUAAAAGACAAAUAAAAUAAGCAUACAUAAAAGAA